UUGACCAGUUUUCCUUUCUUUCCUGCUUCAUCUUUAUUAUUGAUCUUGAAUGCCAGGUAUUUCCACGAGCUACUCAGCGCAGACAGACAUUUUUCUACAAAUACUGACACUAUACUCGCCAUGGCAGAUUUCAGAGCAGUUCUACAGAAGACAGCAAAUGCUUUUGUAGAAAAUAACACUCUCGCGGUGAAAAAAAGGGACACGUCCUUGUUCUCUGCGAUUCUGACAGAGGAUUGCAUUCGGGUGUACCGGCCCCUCUCCUUCAUCCAGAGGUAUCCGCAGUUCUUCAAAGCCCAGAUCACCAACGCCGACUACGAGGCCCAGAUGCAAGUCGAGCUCCAGACUAUGAAAGACGUGUCUCAGAAAAUUACCAGGACCGUAAUCGACGCGACUGAGCGUAGGGCUACUUUGUGGAGCGAGCAGACUAUCCUAACGGCCAACGGAUCUACCAGCAAGGUCGAAGUAAUUUGGGAUCUGGAUUUCUCGGAAGAUGGAACUCGCGUCUCGCAGAUCACGGAGUUCGUGGAUACUUAUGAGGCUACUAAGGUGCUGGAGCAGAUGCUAGUUAAAGCAGGCGCCGAGUAAUCGACGUUAAUUAUACUCGGGGUUUCUCUAAGGCGCAAGAAUGAUCAAUUAAUUGGCUAUUCUGGCAUGUAAUAUUAUACCCAGGUAGAUAUAGUCUGUAAACUUCUAGCGCAUUGGAAGAUGUCGAGCUCUUACAUAGAACCCCUUUUCUCUUCUGUUCUAUUCGGCCAACCGCAUUCGCUCAAGCAGGGAUCUCUAGCAGGCUCUUGACAGUGUCGACAGCAGCCUUCUCAACGGGAAUCCAGUCGAUGCCUAGGACAUUGCUGGUGCGUGAGUUAUCGUAACCAAAGGUGGCGGCCGGUGUCUCAGCGCCCGGGGCGAGCUUGACGUUGUCGUCAGGCAGCUUAUCAGCUAGUUCCGGGAACCCUUUACGAAC